AUGAAAUUGUCAAAGGUUGAACCGUGUGGCGCGCUCUGUUUUAAAUUACAAGAUUUCGACUCAGAGGAAAAGAAUCUUUUGGAAUCUUCACCUUGGAGCAAUCCCGAUGAUAUAACAAUGUUCGAAGGGAUUCUCAAGCUCACUCCCGAUACCAUCCCAUGUGGUCUCGCUAUUAUUUGCGGGAAAACUUGCUCUGAGAAAACACAAGUUACGAUUCUCCCAGUCCAAGCGAACUCGUCCUCCCAGAAUUCGCCCGAUCACCACUGUACACAGCAAUUUCUAAAUUUACCAAAGUCUUCCACCCUGCCAGCACAAAGGUCCAUGCCACGAAGUCUCCAGUGGAGUAGUUGCCGGGCGUCGGCGCGUGAAUGCGAUCCAGAACUCUGCGUCAAGUGUGAUGCUCGAGGACGGCAUAAGAAGAAAAAGUGUCUAAAUAACUAUGACAUUCAAAAGGGGAGGUUCCAGGUACCGUUGCUUGAUCAAAUUCCGAUCGAAGCUACAUGA